AUGGAAACCAAGAUAGAUAUCAUUUCAAGGGAGUUGAUAAAACCUUCAUCUCCAACUCCGGAUGAGAGUAAAGAGCAUAAAUUGUCAUUGCUGGAUCAGAACACGCCACAACUAUAUAUGCGUCUCCUUUUCUUCUAUCAAAAUCAGUCACCAAAUUACUCCUCAAACAUCGCCGUCGACCCUAGGAAAACAGUAAUCCUGCAUCUGAAGCAGUCUUUAUCAGAGUGUUUAACAAGAUUCUACCCUUUAGCAGGAAAGCUGAUUGAAGAUCACAAUUACAUUGAUUGUGAUGACUCUGGAGCCCUGUUUGUGGAAGCUAAGGUGGAUGCUCCCCUGUCUGAAGCAGUUCAGAAUGCGCCAUAUGAGCAUUUUGGACAGUAUUUGCCAUUUGAAGAUCAGUCUGCUGAUGGUGGUGAAGGGAAAACAUUAUUAGCAAUCCAAGUGAGCUGGUUUAAAUGUGGAGGAAACGUGAUCGGGAUAUCCAUGUCCCACACAUUAGGCGAUCUCACAUCCUUGAUAACAUUCAUGAACUCAUGGACUGCCAUAAACCGCGGUGAGGGUGCCAAAUUGUUAGUGGUACCUAACUUUGAUGCAGGGAGGAAUCUUUUUCCUCCAAGGAAUUCUCCUUAUAGGUUUCCUAUAAGUGAAGUGAAAGGCAAGAUCGUGUGCAAGCGAUUUCUAUUCAGCAAGGAAAAGUUAUUAGAUCUGAAGGAAACCGCGAAAUCUUUCUCAUCAUCAAUAGCUGUGAAGGAUCCUACCCGGAUUGAAGUCGUGACAGCAUUUCUGCUAAAGCAAUUCAUCAAUGUGGAACGAGCUAAGAACAAAAACAACAUUCAUAAUUCUUGUUCAAGAUUCAGGGUCUGGCAUGCAGUGAAUUUGAGAAGCAGAUUCAGCAGCUUGGCAGCCUUAUCAUCUAAGGCUAACGAGUUCCCUUUCGGGAACCUUUCAACUGUCGCAACCGACACAUUCACCAUUCCGGAUGACAAUGAUGAUGAGAGUGGUCAACCAGAUUAUGGUGAUUUAGUUUCAUUCACGAGGAACGCAAUAAGGAAAUUGAAUGAGGAUUAUUUUUUGAAUUUUGUCGUUCCUUAUUUGGACCGUUUGGUUAGAAGUAGAACAACUGGAACAGAAGAAGAAGCAGAAGCAGAGGAACAAGAUUCAGUAGCGAGGAUAAAGAGGAUUCACUUUACAAGUUGGUGUGGAUUUCCAUGGUAUGAAAUGGACUUUGGUUGGGGUAAACCUGUUUCAGUUGGCCCUGCCGGCGACCGACAUUCACUUUCGACGAGGGUAAUCUUAAAGAACUCGGAAUCAAGUCGGGAUGCCGGAAUAGAAGCUUGGGUUUACAUGUGGGAAGAUGAAGUUGCUCUGCUCCCCGGUGAGCUUCUUUCUCUCGCAGCAACCGAUUACUUUCGGGUUCUUUCUUUUCCUCCAAUACCUUUUAGGGAGUUGAUAAAACCUUCAUCUAAGACUCCGGAUGAGAGUAAAGAGCAUAAACUGUCAUUGCUGGAUCAGCACACGCCACAACUACAUAUUCGCCUCCUUUUCUUCUAUCAAAAUCAGUCACCAGGUUGCUCCUCAAACGUCCCUUCGAAAACAGUAACCCUGCGCCUGAAGCGAUCUUUAUCAGAGUGUUUAACUAGAUUCUACCUGUUAGCCGGAAAGCUGAUUGAAGAUCACAAUUACAUUAAUUGUGAUGACUCUGGAGCCCUGUUUGUGGAAGCUAAGGUUGAUGCUUCCCUGUCUGAAGCAGUUCAGAAUGCGCCAUAUGAACAUUUUGGACAGUACUUCCCAUUUGAAGAUCAGUCUGCUGAUGAUGGUGAAGGCAGAACUUUACUAGCAAUCCAGGUGAGUUUGUUUAAAUGUGGAGGCAUCGUGAUCGGGAUAUCCAUGUCGCACGUGUUAGGCGAUCUCAUGUUCUUGGUAACAUUCAUGAAUUCAUGGGCUGCCAUCAAUCGCCGCGAAAAUAUCGAAUCUUUAUUAGUACCUAAUUUUGAUAUAGGGAGGAAUGUUUUUCCUCCGCGGAAUUCUCCCUAUAGGUUUCCUGUAAGUGAAGUGAAAGGCAAAAUCGUAUGCAAGAGAUUUCUAUUCAGCAAGGAAAAGUUAACGGAACUGAAGAAACUCGCAAAUUCUUCCUCAUCAUCUUCACCAAUAGUGAAGGAUCCUUCCCGGCUUGAAGUCGUGACCGCUUUUCUGCUUAAGCAAUUUAUCAGCGUGGAACGAGCUAAGAAGCGCAAUAAUCCUACUUCUUCUUGUUCAAGGUUCUCAGUCUGGCACGCAGUGAAUUUGAGAAGCAGAUUCAGCAGCUUGGCACUUUUAUCCUCUAAGGCGAACGAGUUUCCAUUCCGGAAUCUUUCAGCUAUGGCAACCGACAGAUUCACCAUUCGGGAUAACAAUGAUGAUGAGAGUUGUUAUGAAGCCGAGCUACAGAAACAGAGGAGGAAGAAGCUGAGCAAGAACUGA